AUGGGUACUCUACUCAAGACCCACAACAAGCUCCAAUUUCUGCCCCCAAUCCACUUUUUCUCCGAUAAAGUUACCCCCUUUACCUCAUUAAAACCUCACAAAAAACCCCACAAAGGUGUUUGUUCAAAUGCCAGCUCGAGUGCCCUUCUCGAGCUCGUGCCCGAAACCAAGAAAGAAAACCUCGAAUUCGAGCUCCCCAUAUACGACCCCUCCAAAAGCCCCGUGGUAGAUCUAGCUGUCGUGGGCGGCGGGCCCGCCGGGCUUGCCGUGGCCCAACAAGUCUCCGAGGCUGGCCUAUCCGUCUGCUCGAUAGACCCCUCUCCAAAACUCAUAUGGCCCAACAAUUACGGCGUGUGGGUCGAUGAAUUUGAGGCGAUGGACUUGCUCGACUGUCUCGACACCACUUGGACGGGCGCCGUCGUGUAUAUAAACGAGAAAUCGACCAAAGACCUCGACCGGCCGUACGGGAGGGUUAACCGUAAACAGCUAAAGUCGAAAAUGAUGCAAAAAUGCAUCUCGAACGGGGUGAAAUUUCACCAAGCUAAAGUCUUGAAGGUGAUUCAUGAAGAAUUUAAGUCCCUUUUGAUAUGUAAUGAUGGGGUCACUAUUCAAGCAGCUGUAGUUCUUGAUGCAACCGGUUUUUCGAGAUGCUUGGUGAAGUACGAUAAGCCAUACAAUCCCGGUUAUCAAGUGGCGUACGGGAUUUUAGCAGAAGUCGAGGAACACCCGUACGAUUUGGACAAAAUGGUUUUCAUGGACUGGCGAGACUCGCACCUCGACGGAAAUAACGAGCUCAAAGAGAGGAACCGAAAGAUUCCGACUUUUUUAUACGCGAUGCCCUUUUCGUCACAAAAGAUAUUUUUGGAAGAAACUUCUCUCGUGGCCCGUCCGGGCCUAUCCAUGAACGAUAUCCAAGAAAGGAUGGUGGCCCGGUUGAGGCAUUUGGGCAUAAAAGUGAAAAGCAUCGAGGAGGACGAACGCUGUGUAAUCCCGAUGGGGGGCCCUCUCCCGGUUUUGCCUCAGAGGGUGAUCGGGAUUGGGGGCACGGCUGGUAUGGUGCACCCUUCCACAGGGUAUAUGGUUGCUAGGACUUUAGCGGCUGCCCCAAUUGUCGCGAGUGCUAUCGUCCGGUACUUGGAUAAAAGCAGGGGCAUUUUGGGAAAUGAGCUCUCGGCUGAGGUUUGGAAGGAUUUGUGGCCGAUCGAGAGGAGAAGGCAGAGGGAGUUUUUCUGUUUCGGGAUGGAUAUUCUGCUGAAGCUCGAUUUGGACUCGACGAGGAGGUUUUUCGACGCGUUCUUCGACUUGGAACCUCGGUAUUGGCACGGGUUUUUGUCGUCUAGGCUUUUUCUUCCCGAGCUUGUACUUUUUGGGCUCUCGCUUUUCGGGCACGCGUCGAAUGCGUCUCGGUUGGAGAUUAUGGCCAAAGGUACGGUUCCUUUGGUACGUAUGAUCAAUAACUUGUUACGGGAUAAACAAUGA